AUGAGCCCCGGCGGUGUUCAUAAGAUCAAACCUGCAGAUUAUAAGAAGGCAGCGAGAGUAUUGGCAACUUCGUUUGGAGACGAGUUUAUCAGUGGCUAUCUAGCAGUUGGAGACGGAUGUUCUGCUGAACAAUGUAAUCGACUAAACCAAGAACUACUGGAGUACAUAGUGUAUGCUCAUAUCAUUCAUGGAAUUGCGCUUGAAGUAGGUGAUUUCCAAGGAAUAGCAUUAUGGAUGCCUCCUGGUGGAAACCUCGAGCAUUGGUCUACAAUCUUUAUGAGUGGUAUGUGGAGAAUGGUAUACAAACUUGGAAGCAAUGGUAGGUAUCGAUACUUUCGAGGCUUUCUACCAUUUCUGACGAAAACCAAAAGAGAAACUCUUGGAGAUGAUGAUCUUAAAACGUGGUACCUGACAUAUAUAGCCACAUCUGCAGAAGCUCGUGGAAAGGGGUAUUCUAGGAAAUUAGUAGAAUAUGUGACUGAAAUGGUAAGUAAGAGUGUGUGGACAUGCCUCUAG